AUGUCGACAACACCACACUUGGACCUAUCCGACCAGCUACAUCCGAUGGACGAAGCUGAAAACGUCGAGAAAGCCCUAGAUUCCGACGACUCUGAUGACCCCGAAGAACCAUGCAACUACGUUGUCAGCCUCCCAGCUGGCUUCCCACGGUUAGCUGAGUUCAUGACACGCGGACCGGAGCGAGCCCUCUUCCGCACCUUCCGGACUCUCGGUGUACAGAAUCUCCUCUACAUGCAAGCCGAACUUGACUACCUUGAGUGGGACCUUCGUUCUGAUAUGGAAGAUGAGCAAAAUGCCAGGACCACCGCUAAAUAUGCCACAGAUUGGGCCAUGGCGAGCAAUCAGAGCAACAAUGGAGUGAAGCCCAAGCAGUAUCAUAUCAUUAUGGAGAUUCGUCAGAAAUUGGAGAAAUAUGAAGAAGCACUUCUGCGACAGCGUAAACUGAACAAGAUUUCACCCCCCGAUCAUUUCGAUAUCGAGCAAAUUCAGUCCUACAACGUGUCUCGCGCUGUGCGCAAUCACCCGAUAGAUAACUGUAACCCUCUUUACGGCCAUCCUGAAAGCAUUUCCGGCCAUCAAGCCGCAGCCACAGACCUGGUCUCGCUCAAGUCCCGCCAAUACCCCGACUUGUUUACUCUGUGGGUCUGCGAGCGAUCGCUUACACUUAUCAAUAUCUUCGGAAGAUUCCUCCAAACCGACAAAGUUAGCGGCAAGCCAAAACUCUAUGAUGCUGCUUUGAAGAGGUACACCUACUACUUCACAGCUGUAAUCGCUGGUAUAGUACCUGCUGUCAUGAAGUACAUGAUGUCUGAGCACGAAGACGCCCUAGUCAAGGGUACUGUCAUGGCAUCGAUGAACCUAUCGAUAAUGGGCUGCUUGGUCUUUUUCACAUAUGUCGACAAAGGGUAUCUUUUCAUCACCAGCGUACUGUUCUCAAUCUUCCAAAUGUUGAUCUUGUCGAAACAGUAG